AAAAAAAAAAGCAUGUGAUACAUUCCUAAAAAAGUAACCCAUGUCAUGGAUGACAAAAAAAUGAAAUAAAAUAUGGUAGGUGGCUAAAUUGACUCCGAUUGACUCACUGAUAGCCAAGUUGACGAUUGCAAAUGUACAUCAUUUUGCUACUGCCGGAUAGAACAGAUCAAUUGGUCUAUGAGGAAUAACAUUUAUAUUAUGAUGCUAAGACAAAAAUACAUAUACACAUAUAUCUUUUUAGAAUAGUGCAGAUAUUGUUACAAUAGAUUACAACCAAACAUCAAGAGAAAUUAUGAUUGCUACUUUGAGCUGGGGUAGUCAUCUGGAACAUUGGUGGACUUUGCUUUGCAUUAGUGACUUAAUGACUUCAAGUUUAGUUUAUUGAUUGUCAAAGAAACAUGCAAAAACUGUUAUUUUUUUCCUGGCAAUCAGCUUUUUGUUGCUUAAUUUACAAACUCUGUCUUUUUAAAGUGAGAAGCCCAAGUGUUUCACUUCAUUUUUUAUUUGCCUCCUUUCUAUCAUGUUUGGUGUGAUACUGUGGUGGAUUGAAAGGAUUGUCGGCACCAGAAACCAGCACUUGGACCUCCUCACAUGUUUUAUUCCCUUUUGCUUUUUGGUUAAACAAAGUUAGAGCAUGCUGCUCAUUUGAAAAAAAGUAUGGGAUCAAUUUAGUUGCUGAUUUGCAAAUUCAGACUAACUAUACAUCAAACUGUAAACUGAUAUUCAAUUUGUCUAAGUUUCAGCACUGAAAAAGACUAACUGAGCCUGCUCUUUCGUAGUUACCAAAUGGCUCGAUGAUUCAGAACAGGUGGACACUACCUCCUGUUAUGUGGUUAGCUCAGGGGUCACUGGUCAGUUUGUUUGAUUACCAGACCUGGGCCACUUAACCAUGUGCAAGUCUAAUACCACCAUCGCAGAGAAGAGAGGUGCACCAUAAAAGAGGGGAGCCAAGCUAAGCACCACACUUUUCUGAAGAAAGAACGAAGACAGAAGCCAUUCCCAAGAUGACGGUGCUCCAUGCUCCUGUUGGAGUGAGGAGCAUCAUUAGCUCCCUUUUGGCCUUCUUCAUCGUCGCCAGCUCCGUCACCUUCUUGCUUGACCGAGGCCAGGAAGCGCAAGUGCAAAUGGCAGUCGAGCAUGGACGCCAAGAAAUGCAGGUGAAGGUGGAGGCUGGACUCCAAGAACCAGCGAUGAGAGGGACUACUGAUGCAGGCGAUGCCGAGGAGUGCAACUGGUCGAGGGGACGGUGGGUGUACGACAACAUGUCCAGGCCAUUGUACUCCGGGCUCAAGUGUUCUUUCAUCUUUCCUGAGGUGGCUUGCGACAAAUAUGGAAGGAAGGAUGUCAUGUAUCAGCACUGGAGAUGGCAGCCUCAUGGAUGCGACCUUCCAAGAUUCGAUGCCACCAAGCUGCUUGAAAAGCUGAGGAACAAGAGAUUAGUGUUUGUGGGCGAUUCAGUCAACAGGAACCAAUGGGUUUCUCUGGUGUGCAUGGUGGAGGCCUCAAUACCUGAUGACAGGCUCAAGACGCGCAUCUUCAAUGGCUCUCUCAUCUCCUUCAAGGCACUGGAAUACAAUGCAACAAUAGAUUUCUACUGGUCGCCACUGCUUGUGGAGUCCAACAGCGACAACCCAAUUAUCCACCGUGUGGAGUACCGGAUCAUAAGGGCAGACAGAAUUGAGAAGCAUGCCAGUGUCUGGAGGGAUGCUGACAUCAUUGUCUUCAAUUCUUACCUAUGGUGGAGGAAGCAGAAGGAUGACAUGAGGAUGAAGGUCAUGUAUGGCUCAUUCGAAGAUGGCGAUGCAAGGUUAGACGAAAUGGAAAUGAUUGAUGGUUUCGAGAUUGCUCUCAAGAAACUUACUGAAUGGCUCGGAGAGCAUAUUGACAAGAACAAGACUAGAAUCUUUUUCGCAGGAUCAUCACCUACACAUUCCUGGGCUAGUAACUGGGGUGGAGAAGACAGCAACAAGUGCCUCAACGAAACGGAGCCGAUCUACAAAAUCGGAUACAAAGCUGCAACUACAGAUUACAGUCUGAUGGACAAGGCUAAGUCAUAUUUUAAAACAUUGGAGCCGAAAGGUAUACAUGUUCAGAUACUGAACAUCACAGAGCUGUCUGACUACCGCAAGGACGGGCAUCCUACUGUGUUCAGGAGACAGUUUGUUCCUCUGACAAAAGAGCAGAUUGCGAACCCAGCCAGCUACGCGGAUUGCACGCAUUGGUGCCUCCCCGGCGUUCCUGAUGUCUGGAACGAGUUUUUAUACGGCUACCUCAUGUACAAAUGAUGCACCAUGCCAGAUUUUGUCCCCCCAACAUAUAUAAUGUACAAAUGACAUACUGCAUUUAGAUUAGGCUGCUUUGUUUUGUGCAGAGAAUGGCUGGAGUGGCCCCAUCACAUUUACAUGCAGAGACAGAUAAAAGGAUCUGUCUGUGUACCAUCUCACUAAAUCACUGAAGGAGACACUCAAAGUGAACAGUGUAUAACAGUGUGCUAUUCGUUUUCAUC